AGUGACCGCAGAGGCAGAGGGUGGGCAGGCUGGCCCAUGGCUGAGACCUCGCUCCCAGAGCUGGGGGGAGAUGACAAAGCCACGCCUUGCCCCAGUAUCCUGGAGCUGGAGGAGCUCCUGAGGGCAGGGAAGUCUUCUUGCAAUCGCGUGGACGAAGUUUGGCCCAACCUUUUCAUAGGAGAUGCGGCCACGGCAAACAACCGCUUUGAGCUGUGGAAGCUGGGCAUCACCCACGUGCUGAACGCCGCCCACGGGGGCCUCUACUGUCAGGGUGGCCCUGACUUCUACGGCAGCAGUGUGAGCUACCUGGGGGUGCCGGCCCACGACCUCCCUGACUUUGACAUCAGUGCCUACUUCUCCUCCGCGGCUGACUUCAUCCACCGUGCCCUCAACACGCCUGGGGCCAAGGUCCUGGUGCACUGUGUGGUGGGUGUGAGCCGCUCCGCCACGCUGGUCCUGGCCUAUCUCAUGCUGCACCAGCAGCUGUCCCUGCGCCAGGCAGUGAUCACUGUGAGGCAGCACCGAUGGGUUUUCCCCAACCGAGGCUUCCUGCACCAGCUCUGCAGGGUGGACCAGCAACUGCGGGGUGCCAGCCAGAGCCGAGGGCCCAGAGCCGGUCCUUACUCCCUGCCCUGGCGCUCUGCCACUUUGCCUCCCUGGCACUGGUCCUGCUGGUGCUGCUGGAGGCUCUGGCCCAGGCAGACACACAGAAGAUGGUGGGAGCCCAGUGUGGGGUCCACCCUAGAGCCUGCUACUCCCUCCGGUUCCUCCUGGUGCCUGCACCCCCUCUCAGCUACUGUCUUCGGUCUCCACAGAAGCAGCAUCAAGUGCGUGGAGACAGGCAGCUGAAAGCCGGCAGCACAAACUGCCCGUCAGAGAAGUGCACAGCCCAGGCCAGAUACUCCCACAGGAUGGACUCACUGCAGAAGCAGGACCUCCGGAGGCCCAAGAUCCACAGGGCAGCCCGGGGGGCCCCAUAUCAGCCACCCACGUUGGCUUCACUGCAGCGCUUGCUGUGGGUCCGUCAAUCUGCCACACUGAACCACAUCAAUGAGGUCUGGCCCAGACUCUUCCUGGGAGAUGCGUAUGCAGCCCGGGACAAGAGCAAGCUGACCCAGCUGGGAAUCACCCACAUCGUGAAUGCCGCUGCAGGCAAAUUCCAGGUGGACACAGGUGCCAAGUUCUACCGCGGAAUGUCCCUGGAGUACUAUGGCAUCGAGGCGGAUGACAACCCCUUCUUCGACCUCAGUGUCUACUUUCUGCCUGUUGCUCGAUACAUCCGAGCUGCCCUCAGUCUUCCCCAAGGCCGUGUGCUGGUACACUGUGCCAUGGGGGUAAGCCGCUCUGCCACGCUUGUCCUGGCCUACCUCAUGAUCUACGAGAACAUGACGCUGGUAGAGGCUAUCCAGACGGUGCAGGCCCACCGCAAUAUCUGCCCUAACUCAGGCUUCCUCCGGCAGCUCCAGGUUCUGGACAACCGACUGGGGCAAGAGACGGGGCGGCUCUGACCUGGCAGGCGGCCAGGAUCCCUGACCCUCCAUCCAGCAUGGCCCGACCCCACCAGCCUGGCCCUGGGGACAGCAGCCUCUGCUGUUUCUAGUGACCCUGAGAUGUAAACAGCAAGUAGGGGCUGAGGCAGAGGCAGGGAUAGCUGGGUGGUGACCCUUUAGCAGGUGAAUGUCCCUGACCCAAUCUAGAGAUUCUUUAUGCAAAAGUGAGUUCAGUCUGUCUCUAUAAUAAAAUGUUCAUCGUCAUAAAGACA